GGUCUUUCUAAUAGAUGUGGCCUAUCCUAAGUGAAAUUCUUCGCUCUGGGUUUAUGAUACAUUCCAGCCUCCGGCGCCGUAGCCACCUCGUUCAAUCCUUCUCCGUUGUGUUUCUUUACUGGUUCUACGUUUUCUCAUGAUAUCGGCCUGUCUGAACUCUCACCACCCGUAGCCGGCCUGCUCGUGUUAUUCGUCGAUCUACUCAAUUAAAAAAAAAAUCACCCACCCAUAAUUUUGACUAAAAGCAAUAAAUUACAAAAAAGCAUGUCGAGUGGCACUUCUUCGGGGUCGAGCUUGUCCCCAGGCUUGGGGUCUGACGGGGACCUCAAGGCCCUAAUGGAUCAGAGGAAGAGGAAGAGAAUGCAGUCGAACCGCGAGUCGGCUAGAAGGUCAAGGAUGAGGAAGCAGAAGCAUUUGGACGAUCUGAUGACUCAACUGAACCGACUGAGGCAGGAGAAGGAACAAAUCCUGACCGCCCUGAGCAUAACGACCCAGCAGUAUGUUGGGGUCGAGGCGGAGAACUGUGUUCUGAGGACUCAGACGAUGGAGCUCAGCACGAGACUCCAGUCCCUGAAUGAAAUCCUCUACUCCAUGAACGCGAACAAUACUGGGAACAACUGGGUCAAUACUGGGAAUAACUGGCUAAAUGAUAACUUCAUCAACCCAUGGAAUCUUGCAAUCACGAACCAACCUGUCCUGGCCUCAAUUGAUAUGUUUCAGUACUGUUAAGAGGUUCAUAAUGACAACUUCUGCGUUCCAGGGAACAAUAUUUUAGUCUAUAUUAGAUUUUGAAGUGGAUUUCCUAUGCGUGUAUGGUUUAUAAUUACUUCCGUAUACAUUCAGAACCUUUAGAGUGUGACUGUAAAUUUACACAUUAGUCUGGGAAUAUAAUCAUAGUAUGUAGACAACUUCUUGGUGUUCAA